GAGCUAAAUUUUUUAUUUCCGCUGUCCAGUUCAAUUUUUUUUCUUUCUUCCCUUUCUUACUCAUUUUUUCUUUAUUCAUACUUUCUUUCUUACUGUCAUAUUUCAAGUCCAUGAUAUGACCCAUUCUUCAACUCAUGAUUCAACUACAUCUACUCUAUUAUGCUUUUUUACAGGCAUAGCUAUAGCAGUCAUGGGUUAUUCACUUUACUCACAUCUUGAUCACUUACAACAGCAACAAGAACAGCAAUCUCGGAAACGAUCUGGACGUUUGGAAAACGCUAUACCUUUACGAGCCCUGGCUUAUUUAAUUCAGUCCAGUAAUGCUACUAUACAAAGCAGCUCGGUCAAGAUUACCAUCGAACGCGCCAUGUCAGGGUCAAAUCUUCCAAAUAUUAUUGCAGCAUGUGAGAAAGAUAAACCAUUAGAUAUUCGAUCUCAAGCACUCACGGCAUUACAAUUAUUGACACAAAAAGAACAACAUCGGGCAACUUUAUUGGAAGCUGGUGCAUUAAAGGUUUUGGUAGAUGCUCUUGCUUCAACUGAAACGGAAAUGAAAGAAAUGACACAGCGUUAUGUUGCAAUGGCUAUUUGUGAUUUGAUUCAAGGCAGUGAUAUUAACAAGUAUUGUGUGAUUGAAAUGGGUAUUCUUGAUUCUAUUCAACGUAUUUUAACUUCUACUACUAUUCGAAAUAAUGAAUUGAAAUAUUGGACUUUGAUGAUUUUACAUCAAAUCUCAUUAAGUGACCCAUUUCCAAAUGUACUAAUACAUCAAGGUUUUGUUGGAUUAUUGGCGAAAAUGGCAAGAAUGACCUUUGGAAAUACAAAUAUGCCAAAAUUCUGUAUGCAAUCUCUCGUACGUCUAGUGGCAAGUGUAGAUACAAUGGAAUCUAAAAUAGUUUUGGUGGAAUUACUUGAUUAUAACAUUGUAGAUCUUAUCUCUGUUUGUUUACGUGGUGAUGAUGUGGAACUAAUAUAUUGGGCUGCUGGCUUGAUGCAUGAAUUUGUCUUGAAAGAUGUUGCUUCCAAUCAAUUUCGAUCCAUUAAAGGUAUUCAUACUAUUUUGGCUGGAUUACUCUCUGCUGAAGAAAUGUAUAUUUCAAGAGUGGUUUUACGUACAAUCAAAUUCAUGGCUUAUGGUGACGAAUCUUUCCGUCAAGGCAUGGUGAAAACAAAUAUAGUCAAAAAAAUCAUGCAUUGUUUGACUUUAGAUGAUGAUGAUGUUCGAUAUUGGGCCGUUCUCUGUAUUCAUGCUGUUGCAGGUCAAGUGGAAUCUCAUAAUGAUAUUUUGACGGCUCCUGAGUUCGACAUUUUAUUGGAAUUGGCAUUAUCACAAAAGGUACAUGCUGCGAUCUUUGUGGCUGAUAUCCUCUCUCUUAUCUGUUGUAUCUGGCAAAAUGAUUUAGCAAUCGAAAAACAUAUUAAUUUGAUGGUAUCUACUUUGAACUCUUUGGUCACUUGGAAUGAAGUAGAAGUACAAUAUAAUUCAACAGGUGCUUUAUUUAACUUGAUGGCAAUGCAAGAUUCCUUUGCUACGGUGAUUCGUCAAAAAUGUCAAGAAACUAUCCUAUCUGCUUGUUAUUUGUCUCCUCAUGAACGUGUUCAAUUAACUUGCGCCAAAACAUCUCUCAUGCUUGCGAUCAAAUUUCCUUCUAUGCGACCCAUAUUGUAUUCAACUGUUAUGGAUCCUUUAAUCGAUAAUUGUAUUACAGCCAACGAACAACUUUUGCCUAUUAUGAUGAUGCAAGUUCUUGUUUCAUGCAGUCAGUCUUCUCUAGAGGAUCCUUCUACAAUCAUCAACAAGCCAUCUAUUUCUGAAGACGACUUAUUACGCGUACCAAAUUAUAUCAAUGUCAGCUCCAAUGGUGUUAUAUCAAGUGAUCAUCAACGGGAUCGAAGGGUUCAAGGCUCUAUCAAUGACUCUGAUGACCUCAUAACAAAACGUGGAGGAAGAAAGAGGAAAAAUCAACUAGUUUCAACAGUAACACCAACAGACUCUUCAUCCUUUGAUACCGGUUCUGACUCUUCUUCAAGAUCCUCUCUCUCUUCUAUCGAUAUUGAUCCUGCCGAAUUAUUGAAUGAUCUAUCUCUUUUGAAUAAUUACUCAUAUUCUGAACGUGUAGCCAUUUUGUCUCGAUUUGAAAUGACUACAAUGCGACAUAGCAAAUUAACAGGUGCCUUAUCUGCGUUACGAUACUUUUUGGAAAAUGAAUCCAUUUCAAAAAACAUUCUCCAUGGAAAUUUCCCUACAACAAUACUGAAAUUAUAUGAACACACGCCAAAGAACCAACAUAAGCCAUUAGUUACAGUAUCUCAUCGAUCAUCAACUUCCUAUCAUCACCAACAACAACGGGAACAGAAACACUCGACUCUUUUUUCUUCUUUGGAUGAUUAUUAUAAUGACAUUGAUGAAGAUUACAAUUCAUCUGUAUCAGAUCAUGACGCCUUAUUUGAUGAUGAUGAGAAAGAUGAGGGUUUGGCAAACAAUAUUACAGAAACAUCUGGAUUACCUGGUGGAAUAUACGGGUUUGUGGAUGGAUUGGUAUAUCAAGCACUUUUUCCUGUGAUUGGACAUUGGUGGCAAUCUUGUCAUUCCCCUCAAAAAGCAGAAUCAAUGACUAUGGAUGAAUCAUCGACCUGGCAAGCGUACAAAGAUGUUUUAUUAUGGAUGCAUCGUACAACUACUCUGGCCACUCAACAACAGCGACAAAAAGAUGAUUUGAUACAUCCAACUAGCUCUGGAAAGUGUAAUGUUGGUAAAUCAUCAACAUUGCCAACUAUCAUCGACUCAACAACAACACAUUAUGAAUCCUCCAUACCCUCUAUUAAAGUGUAUCAUGGAUUAACAAGUCGAUCUCUCUUGGUACUACGAUCUCUUUUACGCUAUGAAUCUAUUCGCAGUUAUUUGAUCCAUAAUAUGCAGUUUAUUGAAAUGAUGACAUAUAUGUUUCAAUACAAUACUACUUUGACUGAUCAUAUAUUAACAUGUCUUGGUAUACUGAUACAAUCUGAUACAUAUAUCCCUGAAAGCAGUCUACAAAGAUGUGUGGUUGCAAUAUGGCGACACAUGUUAGAUCCAACAAAAAUUCAAAGGAACAAAAAGACUUUUUGGUUUUAUACAAGACUUGUAAUGACAUGUGCCAGUCGGAGGAUGGGUGAUGAAUUGAUGACAACAGCUAGUAAGACGAUUGAAAACCAACGAUGUGUAGAACUCGACAUAACAAGAAGUACACCUUUUUGUUUGAUCAAUCAAGAAACUUGUUUGGAAGUACGAAAUGAUUCUUGGACUUUUGAAACUGUGGUUGGUACUCAUAGUGUUCAGGUACUCUCUACUAUGGCUAGCUCAAGAAAGUUCUGUUAUCAAGUGGUGUUGAAAACGGAUGGUCUUAUACAAAUGGGUUGGAGCAAUCGAUCAAGUCGUGUGAAUGCUGAAGCUGGAAGCGGUGUAGGUGAUGAUGGACACUCCUAUGGUUAUGAUGGCUGUCGAUGCAAGAAAUGGCAUGGUCGACAUCGAAUGCGCAAAACGAAUUAUGGAAAACAAUGGAAGCUGGGUGAUGUGGUUACCUGCACCUUGGAUUUGGAUCGUAGAGAAAUUAAAUAUUAUCAAAACGGUGAUGAUCUCGGUGUGGCAUUUACAAAAGUUGAUACGACAAAAGUGUGGUACCCAGCUGUGUCACUCUCUACUGGACAAGAGUGUGAAUUCUUAUUUGGUGGACCAAUGAAUCAACUACGUCAUCCACCUGAAGGAUUUCAGUCCAUUUUUGAUCUUCAUUUUACACAAACAUCAAAUCAUUUAUCUUCAACAACAGCAACUGAUAUGAUUACGACGACAAACAUGAAGGUAGAUCUUCAAGAUAUCAAACCAGUGGAAGAUAUAACUGAAGCAAUGGAACGGAUGCGUGUAUCAUCACCUCCUUCAUUAACUCCGUCUCCAUCUUUAUCUCUCUUGGCUGAAAUGACGACGAUUAGUAAGGAUACGGUUACAAAUUCCUCUCAACAACAAGAAAAUAAAGAUAGGCCAACACGACAUUUAUAUGUUGAAACAACCAUAGCUCAUCAAUCAUAUGUAGAAACGACAAUGAUGACGACGACAACAAUGGGUCAUACCAAUAUUGGCAGCAGCAACGUUACGAAGUUGAUUAUGAUCGGGUGGACCAACUGCCUUCCAAUGCAUUCCAAUGUAGCAUUAGUAUACAAUCAUAAUAGAAAACAAGGAAUGAUAUGUCUAGAUACAAAAGAACUUUUACCUACACCUUUCUCCAUGGAUUUACAAGAUGAUGAUAUCAUUGGACUUGAAUAUGAUCAACAACAAUACUUUGGAUUUACUUUGAAUGGGAAACUAUUAGCGCGGGUUCGCUUGGAUAUUCCCUUUUUACCCUAUCUUCCAUAUACAAUGGGACCGAUCAAGACAAGAACUAACUAUGGACAAGAUUGUUUCAAGUAUGGGGAUCAUCAAGAUGAACUACUAAAGGAAAACAUGGUGACUUACUUGGAUCAAUUGAUGAAUGGAUCAUCACUAUAAAACAAAAUGUUUAGCACUUCUUUGUAGUGUAGUCUUAGUCUUUAUUGUUAGUUUUUUGUAGAAAAGAUAAUAUGUGAUCCAAUAAAUAAUCGUUUAUUAUUAUUUUAGAUAUCUUUACAAAUAAAGAUUUUGCUCCAAU